GUCGUUUUGAUAUGACGUUUGUUCUUGUUGAUAAUUUUUUUGUUUUGAGAAAUGUUUUUUAUCCCUAAUCUUAUCUUCGUAGUUUAGUUAAUUAGAGUAAGUUGAAAUUAAGCUACUAGGUGAAAUAGACUUAUUCUAAUAUCAGAAAUAUGACAAUGGGAGAUGAAACUCCUGUGACAACAUUAAUAUUGCCUGUGUUAAUACGCCCUAUUCUAUCAGAGCUCGAAAAACAGGAUGUCUCAGCGUCCCAGACCCUCCGAUCCGCCCUUACCAAGGCGGAGGCGUCCCACCCGGGGCUCACCUACGACCUUGUCGUCGGUAUUCUGCGAAAGGGGGACCUUACUGUUAACAUGAACGAGAGCAUUUUACGCUUACAGGGAGCUUUGUCUGAUUCUGAUGUUGUCGAAUAUCGUCUGAACCGCUCCGAAGAUGCAUUCCAAGAAUUAAAUAGGAAAUCCGCUGCCUUGAAGAGAAUUCUCAGUAGAAUUCCAGAUGAAAUUACCGAUAGAAAAACAUUUUUGGAAACUAUAAAAGAAAUUGCCAGUGCUAUAAAAAAAUUAUUAGAUGCUGUGAAUGCUGUGAGCGGUUUCAUUCCGGGAACCACUGGAAAGCAGUCCUUAGAACAAAGAAAGAGAGAAUUCGUGAAAUAUUCCAAGAGGUUCAGUAAUACAUUGAAAGAAUAUUUCAAAGAAGGACAUGCCAAUUCAGUAUAUGUUAGUGCCCUGUAUUUAAUUCACCAGACUAAUAUGAUUAUAACGACCGUGAAAAAUAAAUGUGAGUAACGAGUGAGAGGGAACACUAUUUUAUUUUUGUUGUCAGUUGAAAUCGUCCUCGGAGGUUGAAUUAUUUUAAUUGUGACUUACUUUUUAAAUAUUUUUUUUUAAUAAAUAAACUAUUUAAUAAUUGUACCCCCCAAUUACGUAAACUAUUAACGUUUUCUUUUUCGGUUAAGGUUUAGAGUAUUAUUGCAAUUAUUAUUGAUAGAUAUGUAAUAUAUGUUAUUAAAAAUAUAUAUAAUGUUGUUAUGACACGUUUUGUGUUGAUUGUUUAGAAGUAUAA